UGGAAAGUGCACAUAUUUUUAUGGGACGGAGGGAGUAUAAAAUAAUACUACUCUAGACCAUGAACUGGGCUCAAUGUUGUUGGUGGUUUAGGAUCUCAUGGCAUGUUUCAGCCACAGGAUCAUUAAAUGGAUGUAAUAGUUUGCUGAAAACUUGUGUUGCUGCUGCUAGUAUAAUGUUUGUUUCUCUGUCCUAACAACAGGAGAGAUUUUUCUGCUACUAGCGAACAUAUUGUUGAAGAAUGCGUGGCACUUUAGUCAGGAAACUUUUAGUAUCUUAAUUCUUAAUCAACUUUUUUGAGAUCAGGAUAGGAACUCGUAUAAUCUAAUUUUUCCUGUGUGAACAAAGAAAAUGAACUAGUGUAUUCAAUUCAUUGAUUCAUUUCAACAUUUACCUGUAUUGGCUCAGAUUGCUUUUUAGCUUGGGUGUCCACACUUGAAGGAUUAUAACUGAAGUUUGUGAUAUGAUAUGACUGUUGCCUUUGAAUUGUUCAACGAAUUUGGAGUUGAUGGUGGGCCGGCUGCAAAGAGUUUGAAGCUGAAAUACGACGUUUUCUCCAAGCAUGUCACAACCCAAACUGGAAUCCAAUUCCCUCAUGUAGAUAUGAAACAUUUGAUAUUGGGUGCUAUCAUCAUGAAAUCUCUCGGUUGCCUCCUAUUCGUCUUUGACAGCACUUUUGGAGCUGCGAUCCUGCUACUACAUCAAGCAAUCGCAACUCCCAUCCUGUUCGAUUUCUACAACUACGAAGCUGACAAGAAAGAGUUUAAUCAGCUCUUUGUCAAGUUUACACAGGGUUUGGCAUUGCUUGGAGCUCUUCUCUUCUUCAUUGGCAUGAAGAACUCAUUGCAAAGGAGAUCUCCAAAGAAGAAGGCCACUAAAGCAAAAACCAAUUAGCUAGGAUUAACCCAUACUCAGCUUUACUUGGUUUGUAACAAACUAACAACCUUCUGUUUUUUUUGUAAGAUUAUCAUGGCUACAGCUGUGCAGUAUUUUUAUCCCAUCUUUAUUUUGGUA